AUGCGUCCUACAUCCAAAGUAGCUGCUCUUUCCGUAUUUGUGUUGGGCAUAACCACGGUUGCUGCUGUUUCAUCCACAAUCUCAACGGGUACCGUGGCAACAGCUCGUUCCAUUCCACCUCCAGUCGAACAGGCUAAUGUAGGUACAAGCGACGCUGGUGAUAUUUCCCACAGCCCUCAGAAGGCCUUUAUAAUGGCUCUCUCCAUGAUCGGGCUGUCUGAAAUCGGUGACAAAACGUUUUUGAUUGCUGCUCUGAUGGCAAUGCGUCACUCCAGACUCUUUGUCUUCUCAGCGGCGGCGUCUUCUUUGACUGUUAUGACAAUCCUUUCUGGUGUUAUUGGACACUCAUUUGUCGCCUUCAUUCCAGAGAGAUACACUGCAUUUUUGGCAGGUCUACUGUUCCUGGUAUUCGGUUACAAAUUAACGAUGGAAGGGUUGGCAAUGCCUAAGGACUCAGGGGUCGAGGAGGAGAUGGCGGAAGUCGAAGAAGAAAUUGUAGAAAUUGACAUGGGCAGCCGUAAGAACGAUGUCGAAUCCGGUUUGCAUGAUGGCUCGCACGUGUCCACUUUCAGCACCGUAUAUGACCUAGCCUCGCUAGUUUUCUCUCCAGCAUGGGUUCAGAUUUUCAUAAUGGUCUUUCUAGGUGAAAUGGGUGACCGUUCCCAAAUCAGCAUUAUAGCAAUGGCUUCCGACAGUGCGUACUGGUUCACCAUUUUUGGUGGUGUAGUAGGUCACGCGUUUUGCACCGCCCUUGCUGUUAUUGGGGGUAAAUAUUUGGCAACGAAGAUCAGUAUGAGAACUAUGACUCUUGUUGGGGCAUUAUUCUUUUACAUCUUCGCUGCCUCAUACAUCAUAUCUGCGUUUGUUUGA